AUGAGGGUGCCGGUGGUUGCGGCCAUUGGCGUGGAUAUUACCAAGAUUCUGAGGUUUGAAAGGCUUCUUAACAAGCCCAAACCGUUUGUCAACAAACUAUACGGGAGAAUUCUCCAUCCCCAGGAAAGGAAAACCGUGGCUACUGCGCGUAGUCUUGCGGGAGCAUGGGCGGUUAAAGAAGCGGUGUUUAAGACUUUAACUGAUGACGAACAGCGUCAGUUUCAAUUUAAUCAGUGGUACCGCGUCUAUGAUGAGCUGGGACGCCCCUCAGUAGCUCAUGCCGACUUUGGCGUCGAUGAGUUUAUGGUGCUGCUCUCUCACGACGAUGACUUGCUCAUGGCCACAGUGUUGCGGCAAAAAUGGAUCGACAUCAAAUAG